UAAAGCCAUGCUAAAGGCAAGAUAAGAAACAGGUAGUAGAAAAGAAAGAACUUGCAAGAAAGAACAAGGAAAAGAGAUGGGGAGUGUAAAAAAGAUGGCAGUAUGCUGGAUUGUGGUAGUUUCUUUGAUUAUUGGAAGUGAGGCAUCAUUGCAGCAAGAUGAGCAGGAUUGUGCAGACCAGCUAACUAACCUUGCAUCUUGCAUUCCAUAUGUGAGUGGCACUGCAAAAAAUCCAACACCACAAUGCUGCCAAGAUACCCAGAAAGUGAAAGCAAGCAAGCCCAAGUGCCUUUGUGUUCUCAUCAAAGAAAGCACUGAUCCUUCCAUGGGUCUUCCUGUCAACACCACUCUUGCCCUCCACAUGCCUUCUGCUUGCAACAUCGAUGCCAAAGUCUCCGACUGCCCCUCUAUACUGAACCUCCCACCAGACUCCCCGGAUGCAAAGAUUUUUAAAGAAGCUGCAGCUUCAUCAGAUGCCGCCACUGCUGCCCCAGCAGAUUCUCCACCCACUUCUGCUUCUUCUUCGUCUUCAGGAUCAUCAAACACUGGUUCAAAGGCGACUUCAAGCAGCAAUAAUGGAGCAAAGAAGAAGAUGUUUUGGGGAGGGGUAAUAACGGCUUUUGCUGCAUCGAUGUUCAUGUAAUUAAGCUGCCAACUGUUUGCUGGUAUUCCUUAAAUAUUACUGUACUGAAUAAUAGGAGAGAGGUGGAAUGAGGUUAUUAAUGCAUUCUUUUCCCUUUCCCUUGCUUAUAUUGAUUAUAUGGAUUUUAUAUCUAUACUAAUAUUUAGUAAUUAUUUCAAUGAUAAAAUGCUUAUUAUAUA